AUUCGCAGCAACGCCCGGUGCAGUUGCGUAGCAGCUGGCGGUCCUUCAUGUGAGAAGAAGCUGAAAGUUAACCGUUAAAGCGAACCACGGAAGAUGAAGUUGAUCCUCCGAGCGCUUGCUUUACUCCUCCUGUCUUAUUUAACGGAGGCGAAACAGAAAGACUUUUACACGUUUAAAGUGGUGAACAGCAGAGGAAGAUUAGUUUCUCUGGAGAAAUACCGCGGCUCGGUCUCCUUGGUGGUAAACGUAGCGAGUGAAUGUGGCUACACUGAGGAGCACUAUACGGACCUGCAGCAGCUGCAGCGGGAUUUUGGACCGUACCAUUUCAACGUGCUGGGGUUCCCGUGUAAUCAGUUUGGCCAGCAGGAGCCCGGCAGCGACGUUGAGAUCGACAGCUUUGUGAGGCGUGUUUAUGGAGUCUCGUUUCCUCUCUUCAGCAAAAUCGCUGUGGUGGGGACCGGGGCCAACAACGCCUUUAAAUACCUCGCAGAAGUGACAAGGAAGGAGCCUGACUGGAAUUUCUGGAAGUAUCUGAUUGAUGUUGAUGGUAAAGUCGUCGGUUCGUGGGGUCCUCAAGUGUCCGUGAAGGAAAUUCGGCCAAAGAUCACAGAGAUGGUGCGCAAACUCAUCAUCAAACGCAAGGAGGAGCUGUAGAGACCUAAACACACACACACACACACACACACACACACACACACACACAUGUCUAUCCACAUAAAUUUAUUCUACAGAAUGUAAAAUGUGAUAUUAAUUAAGCACUACUAUGAAAACCACACACACACACACACACACACACACACACACACACACACACACACAAGCCGCUGUCACACAGAAGAACGUCAAGCGUCCAUGAGAUGUACUGUGGACACGAGACACUGCGUUGUGUUUUCUAGCGUUGUUGCUACUAUACCUCUUCCUGAUUGGAGUGUUCACGUUUCAGGAAGUAGAUGGAGCUCAUUAUGAUAAUCUGUAGCUGUCUGAAAUGAUCCCAGACCUGUAAUGUGUUUUAGAUGAGAGGGAGACUUGGGGGGAGGAGCCAGCUGUUAAAGGAACAGUUCAGCAAAAAGAUUAGCCGAUUAGCCAAGACGUUUACUAAUUAAGUUUAGUGCGGAAGCUACGAUGCUAAUUUAGCUAACUAGACUUGUAAACGAUGAACGACAACACCGUGUAGUCAAAUGCAGUGACUCUGGUGAUGGCGGCCAUCUUGGAUAACCGAGAUCGCUUUUUCCAUGGUGCAGUUUGGAAAGACUUCACCUUCAACAUUAGGCCCCGCCUCCAGGAUUAAAGUUGAUGUGAAAGUGAUAGAAAUGUUGAUUAAGUCCACUUUUGAUUCGAAUUUUGUAAAUAAAGAUUUUUUUUCUAUUUUACUCAUAAGAUUAAAAGAUGGGAACAUUAAUAAAUCAAAUAAAACUAAAUAAAAUAUCGAAAAGAAGAAAAUCCAGUCAUAAAGAUGUCUCGGGUGAUUAGUUACAUUGGCGUGCCUUUAAUUUCCGCAGAAUUGUUCCCUAUUUUCUAUAAAAACCAGUCAAACGUUUGCACAUGCUAGUCUGAAUAAAUAUUUUUUGGUUUUUAACUACAUUUUGAUAAAAAGAUUACGGUUGAAAUUAGUUUCCAAGACAAAUAAAUAAAUAAAUAAAUAAA